AUGAGUUGCGUGGAGAGCUACGUAGAGACGUUAUCAAACGCUCUAUCAACUGAUGAGAUUGUCGCUUUGCAGCAGAAACUAGAAGCUGAUAUCGACAGUCGUAGACUUCGAUUAGCAGAGAGAUUGAAUAGAGAUAAAAGUGUACAUGCACACCAGCUCAGUCAAUCGCUCAGUUUAGUCCAGAUGCACUCACAGCUGAGCUCACAAUCGGAAGAAAUAUCAAAGAAGAUUGAACAGACAAAACCGACACUCAGAACUGAAAUAGAGGCAUACGAAAGUCAUAUCUAUGAUUACAAUCAGGCGAAACUCGAGCAUGAGGCUAAGAGCAUAUUAGAUUCCGUUCAGCUCUCCCUAUCAACCUUCAGGCAAUACAUAGAUACGGAGGACCUAGUGAAAGCUGCGAAAUUCAUGCAAGAUGGCCUUAAGAAUACAUUCCAGAGACUCUCAAAUUCGUUCGUCGCUCGCUGGUCUGGUUCUGCUGCUUUACAGACAGAAUGUGGUAGACUAUCCGAAUUGCUCACUGAAAAGCUCACAAAAGCUUGGAAUGACUCGGUUGAGUGUACACAGACAACCUUAACAUUGAGAGCUUCAAAUGGCAGUACACCAUUAUCAGAGACUGUAGAAGCGCUCGAGGUGCUCAAUAUGUCAACUAGACGCUUCACGAAUCUUUACAACAAUAUUAAAACACAUUUCGUUGACAUUCUUCUUCCAUCACCAACAAACCAAGGCCUUGUACCCACAUUAGUAGCCAAUGAAGACACACUCACACUUAAGAAAACACAAGAGGCACCGAUUAAAAGUACACAGCUGGAUUCACUAAGCACGUUAUUACAUUUCAUCGACUCUCGCUACAAAGAGCUUGGUGAACAACUCAGGCCGGUUAUUAUAGAGAGAUUAAUGGAGCACUAUCUUUUACCAUCUCUACCUGUCCGGUUAGGUGGCCCUGAUAUUACACUGUUUGUCAAGAGACUUGAGGAAGCCGUUGCAUUUGAGAAAGACAUCUUAAGCUGUAGUCAACAAGACACGAUCAACCAAUUUGCUCGAGUGUGGGGUGAUAGCUGGUUACAAAAGCGGAGAAAUCAAGUAUUAAGCAACACAAGAAGUGUUAUAGUUAGACCAGAUUGGGACACCUUCGUAGCAGAAAUUGAAGUACUUGUCGAAGAUAGCAAGGAAAAUGUGAAGAGGGAUACUCCAGCGAUCCAACCUCCCGUUGAAAAGGCCACCGACGAUAAGGAAGCUAAGGACUUACAUCAGAGUGAAUCAAAGACAUCUAUAACGUCUGCGAUGGAUGUUGAUAAUAAUAAUAAUGACGACGACGAUGGAUGGGGUCUCGAUGAUGAUGACGAAGGUAAUAAUGUUACUGCUGCUUUGAAUAAUGUUGAUUCAAAGACUUCAAUAGUAUCAAUGAGAGAAGCUGCUCAAGAUGACGACAUGGAAGAUGGAUGGGGAUUAGAAGAUAAUGAGGAUGUCGAAAAGUUGAAAAACGAUGAUGUUAAUGACCUCAAAGUUGAAAAGCCUGAUCUCUCUCGUAUAAGCUCCCAAUCAUCAAUUACUUCACCUCAGCCUGAUGUUAUUGAAGAGGACGACGACGGCUGGGGUCUUGACGACGAUGAAGAACACAUCGACGAAGAUAAAGAGGAACAAAUUGGCCACGUACAACAGAUAGAUGAUGAUGACGAUCCAUGGAAGGAGGAUAUGGAUGAGCCAGCCGCAAGGAAGCAUGAUGAGACCGGCAACGAUAAAGUAGAGCAGGAUAAUAACCAAUUGAUGCACGAUGAUGACGACCCAUGGAAGGAAGACAUGACUGAUGUAGCAACAAAAGAUAAUGCCAGCGAGGACGGUUGGGGACUUGAUGACGAUGAGGUGAUCAAACACGAAGUUGCUCAAGUUGAUACACCAAUACACCAAUGCGGAAACGUCGUUCAUGAUAAGAGUCAGAUGCUUGAUACCCAAAAAUCAGUCGAGGUAGCUCCUACUCGCCAGGAACUCAAAAGCAGAUCACUCGUUGUAUCUCAAUACGUCAAGCAAAUACUUUUACAUAUUGAUGACGCGCUCAACGAUAGACAGUAUCUCUUACAGACGAACGAAAUACCUUCGAAAGACAACAAUUUACCAGAGAAAGCAACUGAAGUGGCAGAAUUAGUAUUGGACUUCUACAGGUCGCUCUUUCCAUAUGUGCAUAGAGAAACGAUCAAGCUGGUACCAGCAUUGGCGCUUCAAUUUAUUAACGAUUGCGAGUACCUCUCACAUGAAGUCUCGGAUAGAGAAUUGAAAACAAGCUCGAAAAAGCUAGAAUUGCUUAAACAAACCACACUAGUGAAUGUGGAUGUUGAACAGAGACGACAGAUAGUUGAUAUAUUAACUGAUGCGGGACCACUGACGGAUUUAUCUAUAAAUCACGAAAGAGCAUUCGCUGGUGUGAUUUCAUCAUUCUCAAGGUUGAGAUCAUCUGUGAAGGAUGUAAUAGAUAAAGAAGAACUGAACAAAUUACUGGGUUCAGUAGCAGAAUUCUUGAUGAGAUUCGUAAUAGAAGCAGUUGAAGAUAUGGAUGAUAUCAGCGAAGAAGACAGUCAGAAGUUAUGCAAAAUGUGCAGAGAUUUGCAAGCAGGACUACAAUGCGUAUUUGAAGAGAAUGGCACGGAGGGAUUCAAGCAGACAGACAACUGGUUCAAAUUCGCAUACCUCUCAGAAAUCCUUCAAGCCAGCCUGGUAGAUUUGAGCUACCUUCACAAGGAAGGCAGCUUGGUCGAUUUCUCAUCAGAAGAACUUGUGCGAUUGUGCAAAGCGCUAUUUGCAGACACAGAGAAAAGGGCUCAAGUGAUUGAUGAUUUAAUGGUUGCUAGUGCUCGUUGAUGAAGAAUGU